GCCCCGGUCUCUAAUGGCUGAACAACAACAACUGUCGGCGACUGACAAACUUUCGCAAACUUCAUCAGAGACAAAAGAAAGUUGGAGAUAUCGGCUUGUGUUGUUUCUGUAACCGGUUAGGGUUAUUUGUCUGUUCGUCUUAUAGUCACAAAUGUGGGAUUACUGAUGGAUCCGAGGUAUGAUAUUCCACGGAGGGCCGCCGGCGGUGGCGGCGGGGGCUCCGCGAACUCGUCCCCCGCUCUGGGGGCUCAGUCACGCCGCAGGAAGAUGCCUCCCAGACCCGCUGAUUUCAAACUUCAGAUUAUCAUUAUUGGCUCUCGUGGUGUUGGUAAAACAAGUCUCAUGGAAAGAUUUACCGACGACACUUUCUGCGAAGCUUGCAAGUCAACCGUAGGAGUUGACUUCAAAAUCAAGACGGUUGAGCUGAGAGGGAAGAAGAUUAGACUACAGAUAUGGGACACCGCAGGCCAGGAGAGGUUCAACAGCAUCACAUCAGCAUACUACAGAGGAGCCAAGGGAAUUGUGCUUGUGUAUGAUAUCACAAAACAGGAGACCUUUGAGGACCUUCCUAAGUGGAUGAAAAUGAUUGACAAGUACGCCUCAGAGGAAGCAGAGCUUCUGCUGGUCGGGAACAAGCUGGACUGUGAGACUGAUCGCAUCAUCUCCAGGCAACAAGGAGAGAGGUUUGCCUCUCGAAUAAGUGGAAUGCGCUUCUGCGAAGCUAGUGCGAAGGAUAAUUUUAAUGUGGAUGAAAUCUUCCUGAAGCUUGUGGACGACAUUCUUAGCAAGAUGCCUCUGGAAGUUCCCAACAAGGAGCUUUCCAACAGUGUCCUGUCUCUGCAGCCUGAACCGGAAGUGCCACCGGAGUUGCCCCCUCCUCGCAUGCGCUGUUGCUGAGAGUCGGAGUGGUCCCCCACCCUACCUAUGCGCGCACACACACAAACAUACACACACACACAGCUCACACAUGCAGAGUACCAAUCUGGCCACUGGGGGGCAGCACACAGCAGCACUUUGGAAUCAGUGACUGCUGAAAUGCAUGGACUCUUUAAACAAGCAGUGUUAUCUUCCUUUGAUUAUUCUCCUGUUUUGUAACUGUACACUAUGACCUGCUUCACACUAACACUUAGGCCUGAUGAAUCACCCACUUCCUUCCACCUUUUUGUCAACACUUGACCCAGACUACCUCAUUGCUCAGAUGGUUAGGCUAGUUGUGCCCCGCAGGUGCCUUCCAGGUAGAGUCCUCUGGUAGCAGUUGCACUUUUUUUUUUUUCCUUUUUGCUUUGUUUUUGAGGAGGGCGAUUACUGAGGGCCGUACAACUUGUUUGCUUCCGGUAGUCCUUUAUCAUCACGCCAAGUUUAACAUUGUCUGAGUUGGGUCUGUUAUCUCUGCAUUUACUAGCUCACAGAAAAGGGAUGACAACAUCUCACGGCUUCCCUGCUUAGUUUAAACUCUUGAGGCUGCAGGUACAUAGUUUUAGUGUACUUUUGUGUGCUCGUUAAUAUGUAUGGUUUCAAAGGGGCUCAAGGUAAACAAAAGCACACGGUGUAAAUAUAGUGUGUUUCUGUAAUGACUGGACAUGGUGCAGGUGGUUGUGGCCAGCAGCAGGGGUUGUGUGGUGGUGAUAUCAUAUCAGUUUAUAUUGCUUCGCCUUAAAUAGUAUUAAAAUGGCUGCUUGUUUCAAAUGUGUCUAAAUUGUAAUGUUUUGCACUACAAUCCAUCUUCGCUAGUUAAGCUGACAUGCAGAAAAGGAAAGUACACGACUUGUAGUUUAGCACUAAUAAAGAUCGAUCUGGCCUCGGCACUCUUCCACACCCGAUCGGGCUGCAAGGAGAGAUGGGUAGUGUAGUCUUUGAGGGAUUUGUCUUUGUACAAGGGAAUUCUCCCUGUGUUUGUGGCGGGUAUAUCAGAGCAGAUAGUACACUGGCAUAUGUGGGUCAGCCUUUGUUGUGUUUUUGUUACUAAUAUUUGUGCUUUGUCUUUUCCUUUGAAUUCAGAUACAGGUUAGAGACAAAAACAUGUGUUUCCCUUUUGGAGGGAAAAAUGCAGGAAGGUUUGAUUAGUAUUUGAAUGACUCAGGAAUCUUUGGUCGGUUCCUAUCUGUUGUGCUAGCGGCUCGAUUGGCUUUGAGUUCUUUAAAAAAAAAAAAUGCUUAAAAUUGUCAUUUGCAUUUUUUUUCUUUUGAUUUUUAUUUGGCAGUUUGUUACGGACCAGUGUGUGGAUUAUCUGUUACUUUCACAUUUUCAGAAAUACUAGGCAGUGCAUAUAAUCUAAGCCUUCCUGUGUAUGAUUAAAUCCUUUAAAGGGGACCUAUUAUGCUCUUUUCAUGUUUGUAUUCUUGGAUUCUACUAGAGUAGCUUUGCAUGAUUCACUUUUACUGGGCUUCAGUGAAGACCCUCGGUUAAUCCAUCGUCUGAAACAAGUCGUUUAAGCUCCCAUACCCCUCACUUUGAGCCCGGGAUGUCAAACUAAUUUUACAUGGUGGGCCACAUACUGCCCAAAUUGGUUUGAAGUGUGCCUGACCAGCAAAACUCCUCUCUCAAUCAGUGUGAAGAUGUUUAACUACACCUUUAAUCC